GGAGCCUGAGGUGGGGAGCAGGAGGCGACGUGUGACCCGGUGCGCAAGCGCAGUUGCCGGGUGUUCGUGUGUUUCCAAAAUGGCGGCAGCGAUGGAUGUGGAUACCCCCAGCGGCACCAACAGCGGCGCGGGCAAGAAGCGCUUUGAAGUGAAAAAGUGGAAUGCAGUAGCCCUCUGGGCCUGGGAUAUUGUGGUUGAUAACUGUGCCAUCUGCAGGAACCACAUUAUGGAUCUUUGCAUUGAAUGUCAGGCCAACCAGGCGUCUGCUACUUCCGAAGAGUGUACUGUUGCGUGGGGAGUCUGUAAUCAUGCUUUUCAUUUCCACUGCAUCUCUCGAUGGCUCAAAACAAGGCAGGUGUGUCCCUUGGACAACAGAGAGUGGGAAUUCCAAAAGUAUGGGCACUAGAAAUGACUCUCCCUAAAGCUCACCCAUUUGUUACUCGUGUAGUGACUUGCCUUCCUGUUAAUUAUAAAUUAGAUAGAACCGUGGUUUUUUUCUUUCCUUUGUUUUUGGAGUUUGCUGUUCCCACAGCCAUAUUGUAUUUUGUGUCAAAUAAAGUCGUUUAAGUUCGAGAA